AUCGUAUCAAGUAUUUAAGAUACCAAGAAGGCACGAGUACUUACACUGGAAACGCUCUGAAAAUUGUCGAGCAGGAGGUGUUCACGGUGGAGGGCGACGACCGUCCGGAGGUCGACGACAUUCUCAUCGUUUUCACGGAUGGCGCAACACGUGACCAACGCGUGGCCGUGAGGCAUGCGGAUAGAAUGAAAAAGAGAAACGUGCACAUCAUAGGAAUUGCAGCCGGGCCGAAGCGUCAUGAAUUUAAGGACCAAGUCGAACAGAUUGCAAGCAGUCCUGAGGAUGUGUACAUGGUAGAGUUUGAUGAUUUGGAAAACAUGCUCUACAGGCUGGUGAAUAACGUGUGCAAAGCACCGCCGACAACCUUACCUCCCACCACAACGCCUGAACCUACAACCACCCCUGAACCCACGACCACCCCUGAACCCACGACGACCCCCGAACCCACGACGACCCCCGAACCAACAACGCUACCCCCAACCCCCCCUCCUCCGAUAUGCCAUGAUAAAAUGAAACGCGACGUACUCUUUCUGCUUGACUUCCCGCGACAAGUCAGAAAGAAGAGAUUCCUGUUGUUCAAGAAGUACAUGAAAAAACUCAUCGAGCAUAUGCCAAUCGAAGAUGGACGCUUCAUGGUUGGAAUUAUGCAAGUCGGUGAUGAGGUGGAGCCCAGCAUGUACUUGAAGUUCUCAAAGUAUUUGAGUCGAAAUAUGUUAAAGUACAAGAUUAACAGAAUGAAAAGAUCUGGGGCAAAAUACAGUUUCAAUGUUGCUGCUUUCCGCCAAGCUGGUUAUGAGUUUCAUAGAAUGAACUACAUGUAUGGUCGAGCAAAUGUCGAAGACGUCCUCAUCUUGGUAACCACGAGGUCUUUAAGAGAACGUCCACAUUGGGACAGCGACCUCACAAGAGCUAAAAAGGAAGUUGUCACCUUCCGACAAAUGGGUGUGCAGGUCAUAACGAUUGCUUUGGGAGGGGAACGUUUCCGUAUCUCAAUGCAAAUGCAACAAAUGGCCAGUCAUCAAGAAAAAAUCAUUCUUAGUAGCUACAAGAAGUUAGUAAAAGGGGAUUCAAAAGUAAACGAUGUGAUGGAAGGAGUCUGUCCUCCGAAUGAUGCUCUUCGAGCGACACAACCUCCUAGUCCUGAUUGUCGCCGAACACCUCACGAUAUCUUCUUUGUCGUCGACGGAUCCGCCAGCAUCAAAUCUGAAAACUUUGUCCACGUACGAAAAUUCCUUAUGGAUCUCCUCAUGCUUCUUCGUGUGGGAAUUUCAGAUAUCCACAUAGGACUUCAGCAGUUCAGCCAGGUCGACAAGACGGAGUUCUUAUUGAACUUGGAUAAGUAUUCCGCAGAAGAGCAGAUGCGUGUGGUGGACACCAUGAAAUACCAGAUGGGGAGAAGAACCAUGACUGGUGAUGCCUUGACUAGGGUCGCAAAUAAGGUGUUCACCGGUGAUCCGUUAGAUGGAGAUAGGCCUGGGGUCAAGGAUGUCCUGAUUAUAUUCACCGAUGGCAAUGCGCAUGAUCUGCGCGUUGCAUUGAGACAGGCUGAGAUUAUAAAAUCACGUGGCGUCCGCGUGGUUACCAUCGGGGCCGGUGUCAGAAAGGACGUGAGGAGAUUCGAGGACGAGCUGAAACAAAUGUGCACGAAUCCGGAGGAAGAUUUCUUGAUGGUCGAUUUUGAAAACCUCAGUGGGUUCGCAAACGAGGCGUUCCCGUUGAUUUGUAGAGAGGAGAAGAAGAAGAAGAAGUUGUGAGGUGGAGAGAAGGAGAGCGUUCUGAUAUAUGGCUGUAGGUCCGACGGAUCUGGUACAUGCCGAUAUCAGAGAUUGUGAGAAGAAACAUAGCGGAGUUUGUCCACUGUAAUUUAAUAUAAUAUGUUGAAAGAACAGCGAAAGACAUCAAAUAGACUGUAUAUUUAUUGACGUAGCUAACGGUAUCAUAUUAGAGAGAAGAAUUAAGCUAGCUGGUAGAGCGAUAUUGAACCGUUUCCCAAAAGUAGAGAGUUCACUAGCGAACAAUUUAAGUGCGAAUUUGAAAGCUUGUUUCAUGCUUGUCUUUAUCUUCUCCAUUACUGGCGCGCAGUACAAAGCAGUGGUUUGGUGUACUGAUAUCGUGCUUUGAUAAGAUUAGUGUGAAUUAGUCUUAUGGUAUGGACUAUUCAGGUUUUGUACAAAUUGUUUUUAGAAAGAAAAGAGUUUCUAUAUCAAAAGCCAUAGUCGUCUUCUGUCUUUGUUGAGCAGGCUAUAGCUCGAGGGGCCUGUAUUGCUGAAAAAAGUCCACUUGCAUGGAUAACUACCCUUUUAUUU